AUGAGCCUACUUUUCCCACAGUUUCUUGAGCUUAGCCGACCGGUUCGUCCAGACAAGGAGGAAGUUCCUGUUUACCCACAUGAGUGUCGACGUCAAGGAAAGUCCUAUAGUGCCGAGUUACGCUUAAACAUUCGUAUAUCCCUAAAUGGUUCACCUGCGGGUGUAUUUGAAAUAUCUGGGGGUGAAUUACCAGUAAUGGUUUUGUCCAAAGCUUGCAACUUGUCCCGGAUAAGCCGCAACGAUUAUCCGAAACACGGUGAAGAGGAAAGAGAAAUUGCUAAUGAUGCUUCAUUGGCUGGUGAAUGGAGAACCAACGCUUGCGUUCGUAGUGGAGCGCGAACAGUUUUUCGUGCCAAUAUCUAUUCUUCUCCGGGUUCUCACAUUUCCAUGGAAACUGAUCGUGCUUAUUUGUGGGUACUUUCUAUCAGGGCUGCUAUGCGGAUACUGGUUCGUUUGAAAGAUGACGAUUAUAGCUCCCAGACGCGAGCACUUUCUUAUCUCGGUCGCCUCUUCCGUGGCAGAAUGCAUGUGUCAAGUGGAUCGACUGACGAGGAAGCCGGUGUCUACUUACUAAAACAAUUUGUAGCCAUUCAUCUGGACUCUUUCGUCGACAAGUACCAUCUUUUGUGCGUCGAUCCAGCUUUGGAGGUGCCUAAAGUUUUAAACUUCUUCCUUCUGAUUACAAUACACGCCUUCAUUCAACAGUCUCUACUGCUCCUGGCACCAGAAAUAGGCUCAUCAAUGAACUAUUUGUUGGCCACGGGGAACUUACCACCGAGUGUUCGAGCCAACUUGUCGCCACAACUUGGAGGUCAAUCCACUGGGUUGAGCGUACCAGCAGAUAAUGUGAAUUUCUUACGGUUGGCUGCUCAAUUUCGUGCGAUACAUCGUGGUGCCAUUUUCACCGAUAUGCGUACUACUUCCGUACGUCGUCUGUUGCCCGAGGCUUGGGGUUUCCUUUGCCCGGUCCACACACCGGAUGGUGCUCCUUGCGGUCUGUUGAAUCAUUUGGCUGAACCGGUUGAAGCUGUUUGUGAAACACCGAAACAAUCGUCCGUAGACAGUUUAGCUGAAUGGUUGUCCACGCACAAGUUAAGGCCCGUCGAACUGUCCCGCCAGUUGUCCGGGGUCACCGAGGAGCAAAAUGCAUUGCCGGUGCUGCUCGAUGGCCGGCUCGUUGGUUGGUGCUCGUCUUGGACCGAAUGCAUGCUACUGGCUAACGAACUGCGAGACAUGAAGCUGAACAAAAGCUCUUCACAUGUCCCAUACUCUCUGGAAAUUGCAGCAGUCCCACCAACUGAUGUGGGCUCUCAGUACCCGGGUUUGUUUCUUUUCACUGGUGCUUCACGUCUGCUACGACCAGUGAAAAAUGUGCGCAAUGGUCCUCAGAAUGGCGCGGAUCUAAUCGAGUGGAUUGGAACAUUCGAACAACCCUACUUGGAUAUAGCGGUUACCGAGAAAGAACUGGAAGAACGAUCGGAGGAGGAUCGAUCGCAUAUGGAACUAGCACCAGAAGCCAUAUUCAGUUUUGUUGCCGGUCUAACGCCAUAUCAAGAUUUCAAUCAGGUUGCGUUUGCGGAACGUGGUCAUCACUAG